UAUGGGCUUUGGUGUGGGAGAGUGAGUGGCUUACAGACUUCAGUUUGAACGUGUGACGUAGAUGUUGUAGACUUUUUAUUUCAACAAACAACUUGUAUUAGACAGACUGACAGACAGACAGGUCGCUCUGAAGGUGACCGGGGAAUCCUGUUCUCUCUUAGCCGGCAGACAGAGCCUCCUCCUCGGCCACUGCUCCUCCUCCCUCCUCCCUCUGCCCUGGUUGUGCGCUGGGGGAUCCGACGACGUCACACAAUCGCGCGCGCGCAAACACACACACACGCCCUCAAUCUCCCUCUCUCUCUCUCUCUCUCUCUCUCUCUGCUUCUAUUCUGGGAAGUGGCGCUUGGAAUAACCCCUGUGUGUGUGCGCGUGUGUGUGUGUGUAUGUGUCUCCUGAUUUCACCCUCUCACUCACACACACGCACAUACACUCACACACACACAGUCUGAGAGUGUGUGCCAGCAGCAGCAGCUCCGCUAAACAGGAAUUCUUCCAUUUUUACGCGCAACUUUUCCUCGUCGUCCUCGACUCCUCAGUGGAUUUCCCCCCUCGCGCCGUCCCGCUGUCUGUCACGGAGCCGUGGACGAGCUGUCAGGCUCGCGGACCUCCUGUCUGUCACCGCCGGGUUGACGCUUGUUGUCAUUUUCGCGCAGACACGGACGCAGCGCAGCGCACAGAGAGAGAGAGAAGGUCUCCAUGACGACAACACCAUGGCAACGAUGUUCCCUCUCUUCCGCUGUAAAGGAUGACUCCAUGAACUGACCUUCAGUGACACUGAGCAUGUGCAGAAGCAUCAGGUGCUUUUUUUUCUGUGAGAAAUCUGAAUGAAUGAGCGCUGAAGUGGCAGCAGAAGAGGAUCCUCGAGCACUUUGACUGAACAGAGAAAUCAUUCGAGGAACCUUUGUGCUUUUCAAUGAACUGGACAGAAAAACAGCACACAGAGACAAAAUGGACAGAGUAGAGACACAUUUCUGAUGUCCUCUCCACGCAAUCAGUCCAUGUCAGCAAUGGACGGGCACUUCCUGUUUUUGUGAACUGCGGCAGCCGUCAAAGAUUCAGCUACCAUGUCUUGUAGAUUGGGGGACUGGUAGCCCUCCAGGAUUUGCCCUCCCUCCCCCUCUCUCCCAACUACUCUGACCCGCAGAAGAGCCUCUUCAAAAUGGAGGCUCGUGAAUCGGCUGCCGUUGGGCACAAGACCUCCGGUCAGGAACCAGUGAAGGAGAAGGUGCCUCUGCAGAGAAAGUGGGUGUCUGAGCCAUCUGCAAACACCAAGAGUUGCACUUUUGCUGACCCAGAUUUGACACACCGGGAAAGUUUGCCUGGUGGUGCCAGUGUGGGAUCAGCACCUCAGCAGAAAUACGCAAUCACGGAAAAUUCUAGAAAGCUGUUAUCUGGACCCUCUGCAGUAGGGGCAGUAGGAGGCCCACCAUCUCAAGACCCCCAAGGGCCCUUUGCUCAGGGGUUUCAAAGGGGAUACUCCUACCAGCUGGGCCACCCAUACCCUCAGCACCCCCAAACUGAGCGCUUCCUCUCAGGAGCCAAACCCCAGCCAGGCCUGGAGCCUCAUGCCUGGCCUUUUGCAGGCCAGUUACCCUCUGAUGAUCUGUAUCCAGUAGGAUACGCAGGACAUACUCACCCUCAUGGGGCCGGUGCAGGGAGGUUUCCCCGACAGAAAUCUCCCAGUUUACCCAGCUCCUUUGGACAGUAUUCUCAGUCUGGCCCUGAGCCUGGAGAUGAGGGGUACAGCAAAAAAGAGCAGAAGCCCAAAAAGCCAGGUAAGUACUUAUGUCGCUACUGCGGGCGAGCUUGUGCCAAGCCCAGUGUCCUGAAGAAGCACAUCCGCUCACAUACUGGAGAAAGGCCAUAUCCAUGUGAACCUUGCGGCUUUUCCUUUAAAACCAAGAGCAACCUUUACAAGCAUCGCAAGUCCCACGCUCACGCCAUCAAGGCUGGACUCGUACCAUUUUCAGAGCUAGCCGUGGCCCGCGGUGGGGACCUGGAUCACGCGUCACCUGUGGGUGAGGCUGAGGUUCACUCAGAUGGAGAGCAGAGUACAGACACCGACGAGGAAGGUGUGGAGGGCCCUACCAUGCUGAUGGACAAAGACAGCCCCAUGCCGCAGAUCUCCUUUGAAGCUGACAAGAACACAGGGGGGGCGGAGCCAGCAUAUGCAGACUCGGCUGAAGAGCUGCCCGUGGGAUCUAUCAAAGUGCCUAUUCUCAUUGUUCCCAAACCUGGGGGAGUCCCCUCCACGGGUAUGGAGUGCCCACCCUUUCAGGACAUAAAGGGCUCGCAUCACAUGUUGGUGUUGCAGGUCGGCAGAAAAGCACAUUCCCUGGAUGACUCCCCAACCAUCAAGCAACGCUUGGCACUGAGGCUGAGCGAGAAGAAAGGCCAGGAUGUGGACUCUGCCAUUUCCCAGUCCCUGAACCUCCUCAGUCCUCACAGCAAAGGCAGCACAGACUCUGGUUACUUUUCACGCUCUGAGAGUGCAGAGCAGCAGAUCAGCCCCCCAAAUACUAAUGUCAAGACAUAUGAAGAGAUUAUGUUUGGACGUUCUUGGUACUACAGACCCAAUUCCAGAUCCAGACAGUCUAUCACAGUGGGAAUGGCAGGAGCUGACCCAGCUAGUCUGGCAACUUUAAAGCAAUCAGGUGCUAUUCUGGACAUGGGGAAAAUAGCUGAGGAUCCUAUCUGUUUCAGAGGGGAUGUAGGGAUCUCUGGAGAUCCCAAGCAGUAUCCAACUGGACCCUGCCAGAGCAGUACAGGGCUUUUGGAGCCUCCUUCAGAUUCUGCAACACUUAUUAGGAGUAACUCUAUGCCAACUUCUUCUCCUCCUAACCUCAGCAUCCCCCCAAGUAUUCGGGGCAGUCACUCCUUCGAUGAGAUGACAUCUGAUGACGUGUUCUACCCACAAGGCUUUCGCAGACUCAGGAGGCAGGCAGCGUUUGAACAUUCAGCCGCUGAAGCCCAUGCAGGAGAGGCUGAGGGCUACGGACCAAUGCCUAAGAAUUUAGCUCCAUCUCUGGCUAUGAAGCUCUGUGAGCGCAGCCUAGGAGUGCCAGAGCACAUGGCCCACAGCCUAUAUGGUACUAAAGUUAGCAUGUCAGAAACAGCCACAAGAAAAAGAAGGAUAGAGAAGAGUGUUGGGGAUGAGGAGGACAGCCCUGGACAUUGUGACAGUAGCUGUAGUGGUUCAGUGGAGAUGAUAGGGGACUAUGACUUUAGACAAAGUAGUCUUGAUGGGUCAAGAGCCACCCCGACAGCGAAGGGCUCUUUCAGCGCUCACAGCCAAUCAGACAGCUUUGAUACCUGUGCCAGCAUGUGCUCUGAGGACAUGGCACUGUUUCCUGACACUGAGGGCAGGAAGGCAGCUGGGAAUGUCAUAUCAGUAAUUCAACACACCAACUCCCUCAGUCGGCCAAAUUCCUUUGAGAAGUCGGAGUCCUUUGAGCAGCCAGGAUAUCAUUCUUUAGACAAAGCCCUAUCGAGCCAAUACUCUGAGCAGUCUGACACAGACAUAUUUGAAGAUGCUCUAAGUCCUGAGUCCGUCCUGCUGAGGACAGAGAGCAUGGAGCAGCAGCUGCAAAGUGACAGUGACCUUACCUCAUCCACAUCAGCUGCGGCCUCCCCUGGUCAGCCUUAUCACAUCCCACACAAACUCAUCCGACAACCCAACAUCCAAGUUCCAGAGAUCCGGGUGACAGAGGAGCCGGACAAGCCGGAGAAAGAUACCGAAUCUCAGAUGAGCAAGGAGCCGGAUAAGCAGCAGCAACACGUUGAGGAGUUCCAGCUGCCGCAGAGGAGUGACACUCUCGCCCAGAUGCCAUCAGAAAAGCUCCCACCCAAGAAGAAGAGGCUACGUCUCACAGACAUGGAGCACUCGUCGGGUGAAUCAAGCUUUGAGUCAACAUGCACAAGCCUUUCUCGCAGCCCCAGUCAGGAGAGCAAUCUGUCCCACUCCUCUUCCUUCUCCAUGUCCUUCGACAGAGAUGAAGGCCUCAAGUCUGUCUCACCCACUAAACAGGAUGACACAUCGGCCUCUGGCAGUGGAGCUAAACAAUCAGAGUUCCUGACAGUACCCGGCAGUGGUCAUUCCAGUCAUCACCAGCAGAGGGAGAUGCGGCGGUCUUCAUCAGAGCAGGCCCCGUGCACUUUGUCAAUGGAGUUGCCUGAAAUGCGCAGCAAAUCUUUUGACUAUGGAAGCUUGUCCUCAUCCAGACAGGGCGAGGUUUACUCCAGUGCCUCUUCGAUGAAGGAACGCCGGCGUGGAUAUCUUGUCCGACAGGCUUCGCUGAGUGUUUAUCCAGAGACAGUAACUCAUGAAUCCGGGGCGGAGAUGCCAAUUAAACAGGAGAGUUUAGAACACGGGUCCUGGUCUGGACCAACAGGUUCCUCUCACAGCAACAGUGAUUUAGCCAGCAGAACCAAGAGAGUUGGAAAUAGCACUGGUGGAAUAGGAUCUCACCAACACCACCAGCACCUCCUCCAGCAGAGUAUCAGUGAGGACAGCCUGCAGGACGAACCACUCUAUGGCAGGUCCCAGCAGCAUCGUCUGCAGGCGCAGGGCUCAUCAUCUGAAGGAGAAUAUCCGGGUCAUGAGGUCAUGAACAAGGAAGUAAUCCAGCAGUACCAGAGUGGCCCACCUUUACUAUCUUUCCAGCAACCAGGUCUGUUCUGGAGCCAGGAGGCUGGACAAGCUCCCAGACAUCAGGCAGCCCAGCAGCAAUUCCAAAAACUCCAAAUGAGAUCACCGGGAACCCUGACCGGACACCAGCCCCACACACAGCAGCCACUCCACUCCCAGGAUGGAAAAUCAGAAAAUGGAAGCUCUCAGAUGUAUAUGGCCUCCUUCUCACCUCGUGCCUCUCUUCUGUCCCAGCAACAGCAAAACUACGGCACACUCUCCUCUAAGCUCUCUAUGCCCAGUGCAGCCACCACCUCCAUGAUUUUACAGCAGAUUCAACCGGUCUUUGCAACCCAAAAUCUGGGAUCCCAGCCCUCACUGCCAAGUAUGAUAGUUCCUGUACGGAUCCAAACCCAUGUGCCAUCAUUUGGUAGUGUUAUGUACACUAGUGUUAGUCAGCUGGUUGCUAGCCCCAGUAAUGGAGGACAAGGGGUGGACUUAGCGAUUCUGGGUGAUGCUGACCACGGCGGCCUGUCUCCCCUAGUUGGUGGCACAAGUUUCAGCAAACCAUCUGGAGGAAUUGGUGGAGGCGUUAGCGGAGCAGGUUUCAACCUGUCACAGUUCCUGGGACCGACUGAAGGCUCAGUGCUACGCUACCCUCUGUGGAAGGUUCCAGACUCCACUCUACCAGAGCAACGACUGAACACUGGGAUCCCACUGUCACUGACGUCAGGCACCAUAUCCACCACAGAUGCCUCAGGGUCUGGCAUCGGGGGUAGCAAGCGCAUGCUGUCCCCUGCCAGCUCUCUGGAGCUCUUCAUUGAGACUAAGCAGCAGAAAAGAGUGAAGGAAGAACGAAUGUACGGACAGAUUGUCAAGGAGAUGAGUGCAGUGGAGCUGAGUGGAACUGAAAGCAGUAGCAAGACUGAGAAGAUGCAAGGCAGAGGUCUGCACACUCACCCUAAGAGUGACGGCUCCAUGGAUGACUCUCCUUCACCAUUAAGUGACUUCCCUGUUGCCCCCAAGAUUGCCAUUCCUGUCCGUUUCUCUGCCCCGCACCUGCCUGAUGUCCCCCGGGCGGAGAGCUUCACUCCUCCUCUUCAGAUCGUCACUGACUGCUGUCCGUCAGGUGGCCGAGACUCCCCAGAGGAGCUUGAUGUGGAUGAUUCAGCUCCAGACCCCGGCUCUAGCCCCCAGUCCAUGGUCUCCUCAAAUGAUGCAGACGAGACAGACAGCACAAAGCAGCCUGGAGCUAGCAUGCUGGUUCAGCUAGCUACCAACCAAAGUGCAGGAUUAUCCGGAACAGUGGGUCAGACCUUGAUACUUAAAAAUGAUGCCCAGCAGUAUUUCCAGUUCCCUAGCUUGCGCACAAUGAGCAAAGUCAGCUGGUGUUUCCUGAAAUACACCAAACCCAACAGCACCCAGGCCACUCUGCGUGGCUCCGUCUACAGUUCAUGGUGCGUCAACUCAUACAAUCCAAACCCUUUGAACCUCAGUACCAAGGCUGCGCUGGCCCUGCUCAGGUCCAAACAGAGGAAAGGCACAGAUUUGCUGUUCACAACAGCAGCCUUGUCCCCACCCAGCUCUGGGAAACUGGUGUCAUCUGUGGCCUGGAAGCUGAGGUUUGAUCAGUUGAAGCCCGAGCUGAUGCCUGUCGACGUCUGUAACUUUGGGAGGAAGAUGAAGGGAGUGGUGUCCUGGGAGCGGUCAAAGGAGGAGCAGGUGGAGAAGGAGGUCUCCGUCAAACCAGCCACCACCGAGCCGACCCGAAUCAAGAUCUUCGAAGGCGGGUACAAAUCCAACGAGGACUACGUGUACGUGCGCGGCCGCGGUCGCGGGAAAUACAUCUGCGAGGAAUGUGGCAUCCGCUGUAAGAAGCCGAGCAUGCUGAAGAAACACAUCCGCACGCACACCGACGUCCGGCCGUACGUCUGCAGGUUCUGCAACUUCGCCUUCAAAACUAAAGGUAACCUGACAAAGCACAUGAAGUCUAAAGCUCAUAUGAAAAAGUGUCUGGAGUUAGGCGUCUCCAUGUCUUCGGUCGAGGACACGGAGGCGGACGACGGAGAUGUAGGAGAUGAAGGUCAGAGGUCAUCAGAGCAGGCGUGCAGGCGGGCGCUGGUCGAUCAUCAGUUCUCCGACGCCGACGACUCAGAUGGCGUCGAGGAUGACGGCGACGACGACGAAGACGAGGAGGAUGACGAGUACGACGGCGACUCCACCCCGAGGACGCGCUCGCGCUCCACAUCCCCGCAGCCGUACGGUCUGCCUGCGCUGUCAAUCACCGCCGUGGCCGCCUCCCACUCCUCGCCCCACCCCGCCUCCAACCUCCUGGGGAACGCCCACAAGCCGCCGCUGUUCGGCUACUUUACCACGGUGCCAAGCAUCCACGUCACGUCGCAGGCUCCGCCCGGCGACCCGGCAACGGAGCGAGGUCAGGACUAUCAUGGCCAGCAGAGGGCGCAGGCGAGCAGGCUCUUGGCUCCGCCCUCCUCGUCCAUGGAUGAAGACUUCUCCCUUUUCUCUCCGGAUUUCUCCUCCCCCUCCUCACGCCUGUCCUCACCCGGGCUCGACCUCUCCGCCUGCCCGUCGCCAAACUCACCCUCCUCGUCGCCGUCGGCGCGCCGCUACCUCUCCCCGCGCCGUGACCUUUCACCCCACACCCGACACCUCUCGCCUCGCCGCGACGCCUCCCCCCUGCGUCACGUCUCGCCCAAGAGAGAGCUGGGGGUGGGCGGAUUCCGGCGAGACGUCUCCCCCAGGAGGAGUCACCUGUCGCUGCUGUCGCCUCUGAGUCGACCCACGUCGCCUGGGGGGCGGGACUACAAACGCGACCUUUCACCCCGGGGUCGACACAGGGGCGUGAUCAGGCCUCUCUCUCCUCGCAGAGGAAUCCACCAGCACCUGCUCCACCAGAGUCAGCAGAGUGCAGCGAGGACCUUGAGGCCGAGUCACCACACGGGGGCGUCGGUGCAGGGAGAGUCUGUAGGACGUCGCAGAACCAGCGUCGACAUGGAGACGGAAGUUUGUCCAGGUUUGUCGUCAGCGGGGGAGCGUCGUCAUGGUAACAGGUCCAGCCCCCCUCACCAGGUCCUCUUCAGUCACCUCCCUCUUCACUCUCAGCUCCAGGUUCGUUCUCCGUAUCCAAUGAUCCCCAUCGGAGGAAUCCAGAUGGUUCAGUCCGUCCCCGCCUCCCUCACCACUCCUCUGUCCCAGCAGGGGGCGCAGCACGCCGCCGCAGCAGAGGACUCAACCACUGGCAGCAACGCUGGUCCUCCUCAUUACACCUCCUUCAUCGAGAGACGCGGAGGAGCAGUAGGAGGAGGUGGGGAGUGGCUUAGGGAGACUUCAUCCCCUCGCUUGUCCUUGCAGGAGAAGGAAGGAGGCGGAGUCAGGCAGGAGCCGGAGGAGGGAAUCCAGACCUGCACCAAAGCCAUCGCUUCACUCUGCAUCGACUCUGAGGAGUCAGCAGAGAAACGAGGAGGAGAUGAGGGGAGACCUCCGUCCUCCUCGUCCACUUCGUCCCUCGACUCCCAGCUGCAGCUUCUCUGUCCGUCCUCUGUGUCUCCGUCUCCUCCUGAGACUCAGCACUUUAGCAGCCUGGAGCUCAGGCCUCCUCACCCGUCCCUACCUUGCUCCCCUCACUCAUCCUCCUCCGCCUCGCCAAGCCCCGCCCCUGACGGCCUCCAGCCGCCUCCCACAGCAUCCCAACCCCUUAAGCCGGAGCAGGAAACGGAAAUUACGAAGAGAAGCAAAGAGGCGUCGUAGAAGGAGAAGAGGAGGAGGAAGAGGAGGAGGAUUUUUUUGUCUUUUUUGGGAUAAAAGGAAGGGAUGACGUGCAAGAGAGAAAACACAAAUAUACUGAUUCUUUUUUGUUAAAAAUGAAAAGUGACUUCUGCAACACACACACACACACGCACACAC